AUGGGUUUUCUGGACUUCCUUAAAUCUGAUAAGGAGGACAACGAAAAGGUCAUAGACGCCUUGUCGGAUCCUUAUUCGUCCUCCGACCAUGAAGCCUCAGCUGGUGCCGCCGUUAACCUCGAUCACAAUAAAAAAGACAUCGGUUAUAUUUCCGCCUCCUUUUUGAUGGUGAACCGGAUGAUUGGUGCCGGGGUGUUCUCCACUGGUUCCACCAUUUUCAUUUUGUCUGGUUCGGUGGGUACUUCGUUGAUGAUGUGGUUUGCCGGUACCGUCAUCGCGUUUUCCGGGUUGUUGGUGUACAUGGAAUUAGGGCUGGCGUUGCCCAGAAACGGGGGUGAAAAGACUUAUCUUGAAUACAUUUUCAACAAGCCCAAGUUUUUGGUUACUGCUUGCUACGCUGCUUAUGUGUUCCUCAUGGGGUGGUGUGCUGGGAAUUCCAUCCUUUUCGGGGAAGCAAUGCUUAAUGCUGGUGGGGUCGCCGUCACCCAAUGGAACUCGCGGGGUAUCGGUGUGGGUGUCAUCUCGUUUGCCCUUCUUGUCAACGGUCUCCACGUCAAGACUGGUUUGUACAUUGCCAACGUGUUGGGGGUUAUCAAGCUUGUGAUUAUUUUGUUCAUCACCGUCGCCGGGUGGGUCGCCCUUGGCGGUGGUAUCAGAAAGCACGACUGGGUUGACCCCCACAACUUCCGUGAUGCGUUCGCGGGUCCCACUCCUACCGCUUUCGGUAUCGUCAACGCUUUAUACAACGUUAUUUGGUCGUACGUUGGUUACUCGAAUGCCAACUACGCUCUCGCCGAAAUCAAGAAUCCGGUGAAGGUGUUGCGUGUGGCUGCCCCCACCGCGUUUAUCACCAUUGGGAUUCUUUACAUGUUCGUCAACAUUGCCUAUUUUGCCGUGGUGCCUAAGGAGGCGAUUACCGACUCCGGUCGUCUUCUUGCCGCUACCUUCUUUAAGUACGCCUUCAGCGAUGCUGGUGAACAAGCGGCUUCGGUUUUCAUCGCUUUGUCUGCUCUUGGUAAUACCUUGUCGGUGAUGUUUGCCCAAGGUAGAAUUAUCCAACAAUUGGGUCGUGAAGGUUGUUUGCCCUUCCCCCGGUUGUUCGCCACCAGUAAGCCGUUUGGCACUCCUCUUAUGGGUUGCUUCCAGCACUGGUGUAUCUGCCUUGCCACCAUUUUGGCGCCGCCUCCUGGUGACGCUUAUAACUUCGUGUUGAACUUGAUUCAAUACCCGUUGAAUCUUAUCAACACGCUUCUUGCUGCUGGCUUGCUUUACAUUCACUGGCGCAAGCGGAAGGGCCUUAUCGAAUGGAACCCCCCUCUUAAGGCUUCGGUGCCCGUGAUUAUCUUCUUCUUCUUGGCAUCUUUGUACCUUGUGGCGGCUCCUUACGUCCCUCCUCAAGGUGGCCAAACUGUGUACAAGAGCAUGCCCUACUGGAUUCACCCCGUUGUUACUUGGGGUAUCUUCUUCAUCGGGUUCGUCUACUGGGUGUUGUGGACUCGUGUCACGCCAAAGGUGUUUGGCUACAAGUUAAUCUCGAAGGAGGUUCUUGGUGAAGACGGUUUCUGGAGGAACAAGUUCUACCACGUCAAGAAGGGGGAGGAAUAUCAUAGUGAUGAAGAGCAAGCUGAGCCGGUGGAACCGGUGUUGUCCGUGGCCGAUUCGUACACUCAUAAGGCCACCGGCGUUUCUAGCUCUAACGAGGGAAAAUGA